AUGUAUCUCGAAUGUCCGGUUACAGACAGCGUCUUUCCUGGAGUUCUCGACACAGAUGAUCUUAUGGCGUCAGGAAAGACGGACUCAAAUGGCGAGUACAAUCUAUCUGGCAGUACCAAAGAAUUCACCGGCAUUGAGCCCUACAUUGCCAUUUACCACGAUUGUAACGAUGGUAUCAAGGUUAGUAUAGCGUACAUGGUUACACUUUCGAGAAUUAAUUCAAAAAAGAGGUGUACAUGA